AUGCAGAUCAUGAAAAAAACAGGAUCGAGAUCGGAUGUGAGCCGUAGAGCGUGGCGGUUACUUCGGUUAGCGUUGUUAUGGGUUAGAAAGGGUGGAGUAUUUGUGCUCAAGAAAAGGCUUAUGCUUGACUUGUCACACUAUGUCAAGAGUCUUGGACAGUCUAAAAAAGGGAAUGGUGCAUUGCAAUAUGGUGACCGGCAGCUAUCGUUUGACGCGACGCCUAUGAUUCAUGUUAGGAUGCACCGACCGAAUUCUAUGAGGUUUAGGUUGCCUCACAUUCCUUGUAUUAAUCCGCACGUUGAGUGUUCUGAUCAUUUGUUUGAUUUUGAUGAUGAGAGCGAGGGGUACUCGUGUUGUGAAGCGAGAAAGAGUUUCUUGAUUGGGAAUGGUGAAGAAUACGAUGAAGAAGAUGAUGACGACGAAUAUGAUCAGAUUACGAGUGAGGAACAAACAAUAGGGAUUGAUCUUAGGGCUGAAGAGUUUAUAGCUAACUUCUAUGAGCAGCUUAAGCUUCAAAGGCAACAUACCACUAGAAGAAGACGCGACUAG